GGGCGAUAAUCAUUCAUUUACGUAAACAUCAACAACCCGGUUGGUGUGUUUUUGCAUCUCUAGUGAGCAACCCUUGAACCGAGGGCAAAAUACAACGUAGAAAAUAUCUGAUAAUUAUACAAAUUGUUAUUCAUUUAUUUAGUCGUGGUCUGAUGAUGUUUCCGACUAAAUUUAUUUACUUCUGUUUCUUAAUAUGCUGCUUAUUAUGCAGUUUAACAGCAUCACCUUGUCCGUGCCAGGAUUCCUCUUUGUGUAAUGUUGUCAAGAUAACUGGAAAUAAUGAGGUCUUUAUCUUCAGCGUAGAAAAAAGUAAGCAGUCCUGGUUGAAAUAUGACUGGAAUAAGGUAACCUCUAUUGUUACUUUUGGUUAUAUGGAUACCAGGUUGAUGUGCCUGGCUCAUAAACAUAAUGCCAGAGUGAUACAUUUAGUAAAUUACCCAGUUAAGCAGCUUUUGAAUGUUACUCAUAGUAAUCAAUGGAUCAAAGAUCAAAUCAAAGAAGUUCAAAAGUAUCAUUACGAUGGGGUAAAUUUUGACAUUGAAGACCCAUUGGAACUGACCAGAGAAGAUUUGCGAAAUGCUCUUACGCAGCUGGUCAAUCGGACAAGUAUAAUGUUGAAAAGUAUUAACAAGAAUUAUCAAGUGACCUUUGAUGUUCCUUGGAACCCACAUUGUGUUGAUGACAGAUGCUAUGACGUUACAGCUUUAUCUACAGUUACAGAUUUCUUAUUCGUUAUGUCAUAUGACCAGAGAAGCCAGAUAGGGGGGCCAUGUGUUGCUGGUCCGAAUUCUCAUUAUACUCUCGCAAAAAGUGGAAUUCAAGAAUAUUUAAAAAUGCUAAUUCCUUCUCAGAAACUGGUCCUUGGUGUACCAUGGUAUGGAUACCAUUAUCCAUGUGUAGCUUUAUCAGAAAAUAACGUAUGUAAAAUAAAGAUGGUUCCAUUCCGUGGUAUGAACUGUAGCGAUGCUGCUGGAAAACAAUUAAGAUUUUCAGAUAUUGUUGAAAUUUAUUUGAAGAAAUCGCUUACUGGAAGACAGUGGGAUACAGCAUCAAAAACUCCUUAUUUCACGUAUCAGGAAAACCAUAAUUCUAGUUAUCAAGUAUGGUAUGAUGAUGCUGAGAGCCUUGGUUUGAAAUAUAAACUUGUUCAAGAUUUAAACCUUCAUGGCGUUGGAAUGUGGAAUGUUGAUUGUGUUGAUUAUGACAAUAGCACAAUGUCUACAAAACUGCGGAACCUCAUGUGGAAUGCUUUGCCCAGUUAUAACUAAAUAUAAUAGGACUGCACAUUAUUUUAGCUUAUCAAAACUAUAACUGUCAACUUUUCUAUCAAUUUCUUAAAAUUUUUUUUACAUAUUUUAGUGAAUAAAAUACUUGGAAAUUUAA